GCGGAUUUGCGAAGAAGAGCGGCUCUUAAUGCCCGAGCUGAGCCAAGGGGCCAGGAGGAACGGGCCGGUGAAGUUACGCCUGACAGUAUUAUGUGCGAAGAACCUGGUGAAGAAAGACUUUUUUCGACUCCCCGAUCCCUUUGCAAAGGUGGUAGUAGAUGGGUCUGGGCAAUGCCACUCUACAGACACAGUAAAGAACACCCUAGAUCCAAAGUGGAACCAACAUUAUGAUCUAUAUAUUGGAAGAUCAGACUCUAUAACCAUUAGCGUUUGGAAUCACAAGAAAAUCCACAAAAAGCAGGGUGCAGGGUUCCUUGGCUGCGUGCGGCUGCUUUCCAAUGCCAUCAAUCGCCUUAAAGAUACCGGUUACCAGAGACUGGAUCUAUGCAAACUGAGCCCUAAUGACAAUGAUACAGUAAGGGGACAGAUAGUAGUAAGCUUACAGUCUAGAGAUCGGAUAGGCAGUGGAGGUCCUGUGGUGGACUGCAGUCGCUUGUUUGAUAACGAUUUGCCUGAUGGUUGGGAGGAACGCAGAACUGCCUCAGGCCGGAUACAAUAUCUUAACCACAUCACACGUACCACACAGUGGGAAAGACCAACUCGGCCGGCCUCUGAAUAUGCCAGUCCUAGCAGGCCAAUUAGUUGUUUUGUAGAUGAAAACACACCGAUUACACCAGCUAAUGGCGCCUCAUGUGGUCAGACCCCUGACCCAAGAAUGGCGGAGAGGAGGGUGAGGUCACAGAGGCACAGAAAUUAUAUGAGCAGGACACAUUUGCAUCUCCCACCUGAUCUCCCUGAAGGUUAUGAACAAAGGACGACCCAACAAGGUCAGGUGUACUUUCUGCACACACAGACUGGGGUGAGCACGUGGCAUGAUCCCCGAGUACCCAGGGAUCUUAGCAACGUAAAUUGUGAGGAACUCGGGCCAUUGCCCCCGGGUUGGGAAAUCCGCAAUACAGCCACAGGAAGGGUCUACUUUGUCGACCAUAACAACAGGACCACGCAGUUUACAGACCCACGGCUUUCUGCCAAUUUGCAUUUUAUUUUAAAGAGGGACUCGAAUCAAGGACCGAAUAUACACUACCAACAAACAAGUCGUCAGAAUCACCUGAAAGAGCAGCAGCAGCAGCAGCCGCCACCAGUGCCCCCGGGCCAAAUGCCAGAUGAAGCUGAAUGCCUGACGGUGCCCAGGUACAAGCGGGAUCUGGUGCAGAAGCUGAAGAUCCUGAGACAAGAGCUCUCCCAGCAGCAACCCCAGGCUGGCCAUUGUCGCAUUGAGGUUUCCAGGGAAGAGAUCUUUGAGGAGUCGUACAGACAAGUAAUGAAGAUGAGACCAAAAGACUUGUGGAAGAGGUUAAUGGUAAAAUUCCGCGGUGAAGAAGGUUUAGAUUAUGGAGGCGUUGCUCGGGAAUGGCUCUACCUCUUAUCUCACGAAAUGCUGAACCCUUACUAUGGCCUGUUCCAGUACUCCAGGGACGAUAUCUACACACUGCAGAUCAACCCAGACUCUGCGGUCAAUCCUGAGCACUUGUCUUAUUUCCAUUUUGUUGGUCGGAUAAUGGGUAUGGCUGUAUUUCACGGUCACUACAUUGAUGGCGGCUUCACGUUGCCCUUCUACAAGCAGCUGCUGGGAAAGUCGAUCACACUGGACGACAUGGAGUCUGUUGACCCAGAUCUGCACAACAGCUUAGUCUGGAUCCUUGAAAAUGAUAUUACAGGAGUCUUAGACCACACUUUCUGUGUAGAGCACAAUGCCUAUGGAGAAAUCAUCCAACAUGAACUGAAACCAAAUGGGAAAAGUAUCCCUGUAACAGAGGAGACCAAGAAAGAAUAUGUCCGGCUCUACGUGAACUGGCGGUUUCUGCGAGGUAUUGAGGCCCAGUUUCUGGCUCUACAGAAAGGAUUCAAUGAGGUGAUUCCACAGCACUUGCUGAAGACAUUCGAUGAGAAGGAGUUGGAGCUAAUUAUCUGCGGCCUUGGGAAGAUUGAUAUCAGUGACUGGAAAGCAAACACUAGGUUAAAACACUGUACAGCAGACAGUAAUAUUGUUAAGUGGUUCUGGAAGGCAGUGGAGUCUUUCGACGAGGAAAGGCGAGCUCGAUUGCUUCAGUUUGUGACUGGAUCCUCUCGCGUGCCUCUGCAGGGCUUUAAAGCAUUGCAAGGUGCGGCCGGCCCGAGGCUCUUCACUAUCCACCAGAUUGACGCGAGCACCAACAACCUGCCCAAAGCACACACCUGUUUUAAUCGAAUUGACAUUCCUCCAUAUGAGACUUAUGAAAAACUCUAUGAGAAGCUGCUAACAGCCAUUGAAGAGACUUGUGGAUUUGCUGUGGAGUGACUGGUUUGUGGAAUCAUGCGACUUCUGUACGUGCCUGCCAGUGAGGGCUCUCUUCAGCCAAGGUUCCAGCAGUGCUUGGAAUAUAUAGGAUGUCUUUCCCUUACUUAAAGAGGACAGUGAGAGGAAUCGGAUGAUUAGGGAACUUUGAGGAAAUGGUCGCCUGUCCUUUGCCAAGAGACUGCGAUUCAGCUGCUAAACUAAUAUCUGGAAAUGACAGACUGCUGGCUUCUUAUGAUUGACCAGUUAGCAGUGUUCUCGAUAGAUUUCUGACUUUCUUUUUAAAAAAAGACUACUACUGCAAGUACUAUAGUAUCUUUCUUAAUCCCAUCUACUCUACGCUAAUAAUUAAUAUCCCAUGCAUCAUGACCUAGACUGAAGCAAUCGGUAGAACACGCUAUUGUUGGGCUGACGUGACUGUAUCACACUAGCACCUUUUCCUUACUGGUUAUUCAUUUGGAUUUGAAGCAUAGAACUGUCGAUGUACAGUCGUUAAUAAAAGUUCUUGUAAAAUAUUCCACAAGAUUCUAAAAUGGAAAAUUGGCUGAAUUGUUUUAUUUUGUAAAUGUUCUUCCUGGUGUGUUCCUUACUUGAAUAUGUCUGGCAGUCCAGCCUUUGUUCUUUUUUUUAAAAGAUCACAGGAGAGACAUUCCACUUUAAUUCAGCCAAGUCAGCCAUAACCACUUUUCUCUCCUCCCACCUAGACUGAGAAACCUUUAUAUGAACUGUGUUUUACUAGCCAAGCAACUACCUGGGCGGUCUCAGUUUCUCCCUUUUACUUUGGCAUCGAGGAAUAAGUACUCCCUUUAUUGUACAUUAAAAGUGGCAACAGUGCGAAUAGCAGUUUCUCCUGCCAUGAAUUCCCAGCAUUCAAUCAGACACACACAUUCACCUCUGUUUAGUUCGGCCAGGCUGAGACAAUCGUUGUAUAGCCACUAACCACCUUUUUUUUUUAAAAUAUAAAAUGUAAAACUUGAAGAGUGGCCCUGAGCUAUGUUUUUCUAUCCAUAGAUGAAUUAUGACUUAUUGAUAAUUGAAGCAGCACAAGGCCCCAGGUUGUUUUUGUUUGAGCUCAUUGUACGUUUUCUUGUAAGUUUAAUGAUAGGAAAUACUCUGCAGAUCUUUUACAUCCACAUGAGUUUUAAUAUAUUUAUAACCUGUUGACAUUCUUGUCAGAUGUUAGUAUUUCUGACCGGAGAGCACCUGUUGAGAAGCAAUCUUAGUUGUGUUUUUGGCCCUGCACUGCUGCCUGUCAAUUGCAAGAGCAUCAUCCAAUGGGAAAAUGUCCUGCAAUGGUGCUUUGUACAGUCUUGGGUAAGGUGUGAAACCUGGGGCUAAUACUGUGAUUAUUACAAUUUUUAAGUUAAUUGUAUCUUGACUUAUUUUUUUUAACCGCUUUUUGCACACUUUAGGAUUUUAAGUUCUGUUUGGUCUGUUAACCCUCUCCUCAAAAAAGUUGACAGCUGUAACAUCUCAUUAUCAGAACAGAGUUCUUAAUGGGACAGUUUUUUUUAAAAAAAAUACAUUGUCCUAAUAAAUGUCCAAUGCACACGUGGUCUGUUAAACCAUCCAUAACACUAUGCCUGCGUUUUAUCAAUGGUGCAUUUAAAAUGGCUGCAUUCGUUGACGUGUUGCUCUUGUAACAACAAGCAUGCCUCAUCAUAGGGCUGAUAGCUUCCAGCUUGCUCCCAUUGCUUCACAGACUUGAAAUAGGCUGUAAAAAACAGAAUGUUAUAGCUGACAGGCGCAGUUCACUGUAUAUAACACUUUUUGGUCAAUAGAAUAUUGUCUACCGGUUGUCAAAAUCUUUUUUUUAUAUAGAUGUAAUUAGUUUACAAUUAACCCUUGGCUUUUCUUCCCAGUUCUAAAAACCCUAUAUUUUAUUUUGUUUUUAGAGUUCUCUUCCCCUUCCCCAUUUUAUUUGUAUUUAUUACAGAGUGUUUUAGCGUUAACACAUUGUAUUUCACCUCCCCGCUGUUACAUGAGCUUUAAUAAAAAAAUAAAAAAACCUGUAUGGAAACAAACUUAUGUAUGUACCCAUACAGAAUCAGCAAUAAAGUGUAUGCUGUUUGCACCCUCACAGCAUAAACAAUUCA